AUGUAUAAAUCUGUUCUUGGAGUGGCAUUUCAUAAUUUUGUGUCAGUACCCUGCACCAAGAUGGUUGGAUGGUAUAAAGUUGAUCGAAGGUAUAGACAGUAUUAUCAUCAGAAGCAAAUAGUGGUGUCUUCGUUUGACGUGGUAGCAGGAUCUGGUUCAGCCAAACCAUACACGGCAAUCGCCAUCAAGACAAUAUCCCGUCACUUUAGUUUCCUGCAUGAUGCAAUAAAUGGCAAGAUUUGCGUGGCUCGAAAAAGCCUUCGGGAGGAAGAUUGUUUGGCAAAUGCUGAAGGGGUUGGAAUAUCUCGACUGCGAUAUGUGGAUCAGCAACUCAGACAACAAGAGCCCUUCAGCAACUCGGAAAGAUGCAACCACAUGCUUGGAGGCCACAGAGGGGACUCCCAAAAGCUCUGUUUCAAUUUUGCACGCUUGGCUUUUCGAGCACUUUGUUCAUCCGUUCGUUCUGCAAAACUUUAUUUUGUUUUCUAA